AUGCCGAUGGAGUUCCAACCUUUAUUGCACGAUAUACAUACAAUUUUGAAGUCGGCUUCCUCUAAAUGCAGUGUUCUUGAUGAGAAGUUCCCGGGAACCUUUUUUGAGGCGAAGCCGGAGAAGAUAUAUGCAUCGUACGUCAGAUACAUGGAGAGAAGAACUACCAACGAUGGAGAGGUUAAGAACGGCUCUAGGAUCCAUUUUGUUACGAUUAAUGGGAGGUUUGAGAGUGGUGAGUAUCUUCCCGAACAAGGUGGAUUUUAUAAACUGUACCAUGAUAUUAAACUUGUGUGUACCAACAUGAUUCAUUUUUACCCUACGGAUUCAAAAAAAUAUCAGCUGGUGGACCAGUUCUAUAAAUUUGCAACGGAGCUGCUGUUAAGGGAAUGUUACAAGAUAGGUAUUCUCUUGACGAGUGAAGUAGGUACUGAAGAGUCAAGUGAUAAAGAUCCUAUUGAGACUAAUGAGGAAAGAUCAGAGCUGGAUAAGGCUAUUGCGAAGGACUUUUUGAAGAUCUCCACAAGCUACAGAUUACCGUUGCGUGAAUCAUACCAUGUUAAGACGAAAGAUAUGGAUCUUUUCACUUCCGUAAUCAACAAAUCAUCGUUGGACCAUAGGCCAAGAGAGCUGCCAGAUAAGAACUUUGAAGUCAACAAGAUAAUUCCCCAGGCAAAUCCAUUCGAAGAAGCACCAAGGCUGGGGUUCAUAGCUGCCAACACAAGCAAUAUCCCGGAUCCUACGUUGCCUCCCACAGAAAUGAUGAGCAAAUUCCUGCACCCAAAUUGGUAUUCUUUGCCGACUACGUCGUGGUUGAAGUACGGUGACUAUGCCUCUUGGGCACCUGCUUUUAACGAAGAUAGUACGGUUUUGGAUUCUACAUCUAGCGGCAUUAUCUGGUUGAAAAGAAUUGGGUACUUGACGUAUGGAAACAAACGGGUGGGACAAGAAAAGGAGGCUCCAGAGAGUGCUGUGGAAGACAAAAUAAUUACCGAGAACGUAGAUAAGAAGGAAGGAAUUCUAGAGAAGGUAGAUAGUAAAGUAGAGGAGGUUGAUAUUGCAGAGAGCGUGGCACAACAAGACAACAAAUCUGAUGCUAAUGCAGUUCGGAAGGAGGACAUUAAAUUGGAAAAUCUCUUUUCGUGGAAGCCAUUAAACUGUAUUGAAUCAGACGAAAUUACGAGUUUCAAAGAGGGAACUCAGCAAGAUCUUGUAACUGAGACCUUGUUGAAGAUCAGAAAAUUGAGACAAGACAGGGUCAGCCACAAGAUAUCAAAGCCAUCUGUUGAGGAAACUAAACUGUAUUUCAAGGUGAGAAGAAUACUAAAGGAGGUUAUUGUGAGUAAACAGUUGGCACACAUACCUACAAACCACCAGAGGUCAUUUCCAAUUUUACAGGCAAAUUAUACGGGUAACAUACCAGUGGUGAGAGCACAAACUACAAGAAAGAGGAAAUAUAACAAGACGAAUAGGUGA